CCAUGGUGCACCGCUGCUGUCACAACAACACUUCGCCAUUUCAGGGUCGGGCCGAAACUCCCGCGAAAGAAAUUAGAUCAACCGAGCGGAGGUGCAGAAUCUGUCCGUUUCUUCAUUGAAAACCUCUCUUCCAUCCUCUCUCUCGUCCAACGGCUUGGUCAUUGUGGUCCAAUGCAUGUUAUUCGGUUGGCGCGAACGAGCUUUUCCAGCGUGGGCCCGGGCUCAAGUGUCAAGUGUCAGCUGUCGGAUUUUCCUGCUAACAGCUAGUAAGCUAGCUGAGUGUAAACAAGGAUGAAGCGGAUUAAAGGAGGAGAGGACAGCGACAGCUCCUCCAGUGAGAGCCCACCGGAAGCUUGCAAGAAGGUGCGGACGCAGACGAGCGAGGAGUCCGAGGCAGCGGCGGCCAGUGAGACACCAGAGAGUGACUGGGUGCGACUGCCUCAGGAGCUCCUGCUGCACGUCUUCCAGUACCUUCCACUGCUGGAUCGGGCUUAUGCCUCCCAGGUGUGCCGCCGGUGGAACCAGGCUUUCCACAUGCCCGAGCUGUGGAGAUGCUUUGAGUUUGAGCUUAACCAGCCAGCAAGCUCUUACCUCAAAGCCACACACCCGGACCUCAUCAAGCAGAUCAUAAAGAGGCACUCCAACCACCUGCAGUAUGUCAGCUUUAAGGUGGACAGCAGUACAGAGUCUGCAGAAGCGGCAUGUGACAUCCUCUCCCAGUUGGUGAACUGCUCACUGAAGACCUUGGGGCUCAUUUCUACAGCCAGGCCCAGUUUCAUGGAGGUUCCAAAGUCUCAUUUCAUCUCAGCUCUGACUGUGGUGUUUGUCAACUCCAAAUCGCUGUAUUCGCUGAAGAUAGACGACACGCCGGUGGACGAUCCGUCUCUGAAGGUCCUGGUGGCCAACAACAGUGACACCCUGAGACUACUGAAGAUGAGCAGCUGCCCUCAUGUCUCCCCAGCAGGCAUCCUGUGCGUGGCAGACCAGUGUCACGGCCUGAGAGAGCUGGCACUGAACUACCACCUCCUGAGUGAUGAACUCCUGCUGGCCCUCUCCUCGGAGAAACACGUCCAUCUGGAACAUUUGCGCAUCGACGUGGUGAGUGAGAAACCCGGCCAGCACUUCCACACCAUCAAGAAGAGCAGCUGGGACGCCAUGGUGCGCCACUCGCCCAAAUUCAACCUGGUCAUGUACUUCUUCCUCUACGAGGACAAGUUCGGCCCCUUCUUCAACGAGGAGGUCCCGGUCACGCACCUCUACUUCGGUCGCUCAGUCAGCAAGGAGGUCCUGGGCCGCGUCGGCCUCCACUGCCCCCGUCUGGUGGAGCUGGUGGUGUGCGCCAACGGCCUGCGUCCUCUGGAUGAGGAGCUGAUCCGCAUUGCCAAGCACUGCACCCAGCUGUCAGCCAUCGGCCUGGGCGAGUGCGAGGUCUCCUGCAGCGCGUUUGUGGAGUUUGUCAAGAUGUGUGGCCGGAGGCUCUCCCAGCUGUCCAUCAUGGAGGAGGUGCUGAUUCCAGAUCACAAAUACUCCCUGGAUGAGAUCCACUGGGAGGUCUCUAAGCACCUGGGCCGGGUCUGGUUCCCAGACAUGAUGCCGACCUGGUAAAGUGCAGCCAAAGAGGCACACAGUACGUCUAGUUUGUGGUGUGGAACUUUCGCGUCCUCCGUGUUUGCAUAGAAAAGCCUUUUAAGCGCUCAGCUGUAGUGGAAUGUUUGGUGCCAACAUGGAGAGCAUAAACUAGCCGGGAUGUAAUGUGGACACCUAGACGAUGUUAUCAUCUCAUGCCAUCACUACAAAAGAGACAGUGGGAUCCCGCUGUGCUUAAUCUGGAGCGAGAACUCACCAGGCCGGCUUCUUCACAUAUUAAACAAUCAGCACACAGACCAGAGAAGGUGGAAAUAUAGGACGAGAAAACUUUGAGUUUUAUGAACAUUGUAGCCUGGUUAUGAUGGUCUACAUUAUGAGAGAUGUGUGUGUGUCCGUCUGUGUAUGUAUGCAUAUGUGAGAGUGUGUGUGUUAAUGUUUGUAACAUUAUGGAGUAAUUGGGUAAGAUUAGGGGCACAUUUGCAUGUUGGUACAUUACCACUUGGCCUCCUUAAUUCCAGUCUGAGCUAGCAGCUCUGUACCCGAACACAAUAUGACAUUAGAGGUUAUUUGUCCGUUGUAUGUGACAAAGCACCUUACAUGAAAACCCAAAUGAUGCCCUAAUGAAAGCAAGGACACUUUCUUUAUAAUGCUCCAAUUAGUAUUAGUUGGACCCAGAUUCUAAUGAUGAGUUACUGUUCCGGGGUUCUGUUGAAUCGGAUACCAAGGGCAGUGUAUUGAAGUAAUAAAGCCAUAAUUACUAACAAAGGAUUCUAUGUAAAUAUAGAUAGCGCACUAAUGUUUGGAGGUAGAAGAGGCUGAGUUUGCUUUGUAAUAGUUCAACAGACUUGUCUCUGCAGCUAUUAGCUUACAAUGCAUGCUGGGAAUGCAAAACUUAACCCUUUGUGUCUCCCGGGUGCAUUGAAUUAAUAUAUAUAUUUUUCCCUAAAUAGGUUUGAUUUUUAUGUUGUGCUGUUUGCCAGUUGGAGCUCUUAUGUUGUGAGUGUCUGCCCUCCUGUGCUGUGUAUGGUGUCACCAUCUUUUCAUUCAAAACUCUGUCUCUACAGAUGUUCCAAAACACCAAUUACUUUCAGUCGAAAGAGAUUUGGAAAGUCGGAUGAGUGAAACUAACUUUUUAUUUUCCUUUAAGAAGGAAGACGAAUGCGUCUGUAUAUAAAACGCUGUUUGAUUAUUAUGAAUAGAAAUGUACCCAUUUCUUUAUUUCGCCCUGUCAGGGUUUGAUGUUUCCUGAACCAGCAGCUGGUGUCUUUUAUACAACCAUAGUGUGAGUUAUCCUUUGCUAGAUGGAUGUUUCAUACUGUAAAACGUACACUAGGAGAAGAUAAGCUUUGUAAUUCAUUGAUAUAAAAUUACUUUGCUUCUUUGUAUAACCGAAAAACAAUCAUCAGAAGCAGAGUUGGUUUUUGUUGCUUGUCGGUGGUCCAAAGGUUUCGAGUCCACUACCACAAGCUUUAAACAAUUCAUCAACACAGACUUUCAAUCCUAAACAGUUAGUGAAUCUAGCCCCGCCAUUGGUUUUGUCUGAAAGAUAAUUCAUCUUCCAGCAGGACAAUGGCAGUAAAUAAGUUGCUCCACACCUUUUUCAGGAAAAGUAUGAAUGAAGUCUCUCAGCCUACAUUUCAAAGUGUCAUGAAGACAUGUCAAAUACUUUGACAAGUUAUCAGUCGUGGACAAUGCUGCAUGUCUAUAGAACUGUAGAUAUGACUUAAUUCCUCUUAUCCAUGUUGUAUUUCAUGUAACCAUAAGUGAUGUAGACUAAAACUGAAUCACUUGUUGCAGGAAGUGCUUCAUGGACACCUGUGCUGGUUGUCUGUGCUCUUGAGCAUUAGCAUCUCGAUGGUUCAGUCGCAUGUCUCCGGACUUGUUCAUUGUUUGUGCAGUGCAUUAAACGGCUCUAACGUGAAGAUGUUGUGUUUCAAUACUGUACUGGUUUUCAUUUGACCCUGUUCUUUAUCAACUUUUAUUGGAAAUGUCAGUUGGAUGAGUCGUUUCAUUUGAAUCCAGAUGAAAUAGCCCGUCAGUCAUUGUUUGACCCUCAUUAGUUCAGAGAGCUGUGUGAGGGGAGAGCUGCUGUCGACGCUGUCCUCGUGAUGCUUCUGUAUGGAUGCUUGGUCUACUUUGCUUAACUGGUCACCUGUCAUGAAAUUAAAAUGAUUGUUUUGGACAUGUGAUCUUAUACUGACAAUAAAAACAUUGAAUGUA